AUGGCGUUCCGCGUGCCCGCCGCCCGCCCGCUACCGGACACCGCGGCUCUCACCGUGGUCGCCAUGCCGGCGGCGGAUGCAUCGUUCAACUUGUUUGGGAUUCCCCUUCCGCAGGAACAAGCCUCGACUGGCGGAUCCCCUGGCAGCGGUGGUGCGCCUAACAGCAAGGGACUCCUCAUCUGGGGCCCCUCCAGCAGUGCGAGUCUCUGCGCCGUCCAGAUCGCGCGAGCCAGCGGCGUCUCCACCAUCUUCGUGACGGCGUCUCCGCAGCGUUAUGCCCUGCCCACGGAGCUGGGCGCCACCCGUUGCUUUGACUACAGGUCCCCCAUGGUGGUGGACGAGAUCACACCAGGAAUCGAGGAAAGUGACACCAUAGUAGCUUACGGGCUCGACGCCGUGGGAAGUAGGCCGGGGACUGAGGGAUCUUCCGCAACCAUGCUGGCUCGGUGUCUCGCCCCCGAGGCGGACCUCGUCUCCCUGGUCGUCCAGGACGAUCCCUGCUUUCGUGUGCCAAUUGCGACCCCUAACCGCGACGUGACUGUUAGAGUUGCAGCGGUGCCGCGGCCCUUUGUAAUCCCCGCAAGGCCGGCGGACUUUGAGCGCGCGUGGCGGAUGCUGGAGUGGGCGAUAAGGGGCUACGGUGUGCGCUUCCGGCUGCCUCGCGUUGAGGUCUUCGAGGGGUCGGCGGAGGAUGCGUUGGAGGAGUUGAUGGGGUUGGCGGAGGGUGGAAGGCGGUUUGGGAAGGUGGUGCUUCGCCUUCCGUUGGCUUGA